AUGGCCACAGGCGACAAGGAUAUCCCUCCUAUUUACGAAUCCCAGCCUCCAAAAUGGCUCCCGAAGGCCCACGGCUCCGCUGACCUCGGCUAUGUCUCUUUCUUUCCACCAAGGCCCGAUCAAGAGGAGGACAUCCUGACUGUAUCGAAUGUGAAGGAUGGAUUUCAGCAGCCUCCGGUCGUUCCGGCGGAGACGUACACGGCCAGAGACACUGUCAAGCCGAGAUUAUCGACUGAGAAUGCCCUUUCAGAGCUGGAAGACCUCAUGGCACAAAUCUUCGCUCGUAAGGCAGAAAAUGUCCCCCCCAUCCCCCCUUCAUCGUUCAAGCUGCCUUCUCGAGUGACCAUGAACGAUGCGAAGCGAGAAGCAUGGUUCACGGAUCUCGCCAAUCCGAACGUUCCUUUGCACAAGCUCAGCAAGAGUGUUCCCCACGGCGCGAAAGGACACGACCUCCUGGACUUACUACAGCAGAACAACGUUGCAAUUCCUCGCGCAGUAUGGUUUCUGAGGGUUUUUGGCGGUAACGAAACGGCAGGUCUGAGGAACAGACCACAAUACAUCCCUACGCAAUACAGCGUUGACUGGGCGAAUGUUGUGUGCGGGUACCUGAAGAAACAGCUCACGGAGAUAGCUCUACCGAUGGCUCCUCGUCCAGGCCUGAACGUUAAGCAGUCGUUCAAGGGAGUUCUUUCGGAUCAGGCAUCUCGCGACCGAUGGGUGUCGCGCUUUACAUACAGCCUGAGCCUACUUCGCGUUUUCUAUGCCGAAGGCAUGGUCGACCAUAGGACCUUUCUGGCUUGGGUCGUGCAACAAUGCGGCACAUGCAAUCUUGCCCAGCUUGGGUUCGUAAUCCGACUGGCUGACGAAUAUCUUGACGGGAUGCUCGUGUGUCAUGCUCUGGUGCGGCCUUUGGUAGAGGCUUGCACCGUUCGACUAUCCGAGAUUCGCUCCGCUACCGUUAGAGAUCACUUAGACAACGUAGAGCACACACUCAAGGCCGUACUACUGAGAUGUUUACUUGGUCUCAGAGACGGCUUCGUGAAUCCUCGUCUCUGGGCGCAACAUUCCCUGCUCUUCGAAGAAGUCCUGAGAGAGCACAUCAGUCGCACGUCAUCUGAAAGCAGGAACUCGCGCGGAACACCAGCCCUCAAUGACAGUUUUCUUGCCGCAUACGAGGACGUCAAGAGGCGCAAUGACGCGAUGCUUUUUAGGAAUAUUCCUCCGCGUGUCCUCGGGUCUCUGUCUUCAGCAUUAUCUGACAUCAAGCUUCUGAAUUCGCUAUCAUGCACAUCCAGCAUGGAAUCUUGCCCUUUCUUUGAUGGGAUCCUAGAUCCUUCCCCUGCCUUUGUCCGCAAGCUCGACAUCUUGCUGACGUGGAGCGUGACCCCGUUGCAAUACGGUGACCAUCGACCUCACGCUGCGGCAUCCCUUCUACGGUUAUGGAGAGACAGAGCGGAAGAGCGUGCUGCAAGGCGAGAGCGAGAGUCUCCAGCAGACGAUGUACAAGAUCAUCUCUUCGACUGGCUGGACACGAGCGAAGUUGCAGGCGAAGAUAAUAGCCUUGCCAGCGUGGCUCUGUUGUUCGACCAGUUCGUCAAGAACGGCCUCUUCGAUUAUGGACAGUACAUCCAGCACCUCAUCGCUCGUGGCGAACAGGGCUUGUCCUUCACUGACACAACCCCGUCCAGGCAUAGGAGAUUUCUACAGUGGAUACCUCUACACAGCUCCUCCUCCCCUCUCAUCAGCCAACGAAAGGUUGCACUCUACGGGCUCCGGGUACGAGAAACCCCGGAGGACCGGAAAGAACGCGAGAUCCGCAGGCAAAUCAGGGCAGUAUUGCCGGAGCUCUUCGGCGGCGAAGUACCAGACCAGGCUGUUGCCUCAGUAGACAUUGCUGCCCAAGUCCCUGGCAUUUUCACCGCGACCAGGUUCGAGCAAGUUCGACUGUUUCGUGGUUGGCUCCUGCCGGUAUUGAAGAAGGCUGUUUCUGCGCACACUAAGGGCACGGAAUAUCCGCCUGCGCUGAGGGCAUACUGCACAGCCGUGACAGUAAUGGCUCGCAGUCGACAUUAUGGGAUCAUACUCGAGCUCACUCUGUUCGCUCUGGAACAUGCAAUGUCCAACGAGUUUCUUUUAGCCAUAUUGCAGACCCUGCGACAACACGUCGAGGUAUGGGGAUGUAUGAACAAGAUGAAGGAUAUCGAGGAGGCUUUGUACGCGACGCACAACUUCUGGAAGACAAGAGGGGUACAGAGCCGAGACCUGCUCACGUUACUCUUCGCGAUCGACAACGGGCAGCAUCUCGACCAAGUCACGCGGGCUCAGCUCAUAGCCGACCAUGAGCAGUUUAUACGAGCGUUUCAUCCCGUUGGGGAGCGGCCCGUAGUUGUACCCGCCGUUCUCCCCGAGAUCCUUCUCCUCGUUACAGACCCUAACCCCGAGACGCCGUCCAUCCUCGCGAACAGCUUGUGGUACAAAUACCGCAGCGCUCCCGACUGGGCAUGGAAAGUAUGGGACAACACGGUCGCCAGCCUCCGCCAGAUACCGUCCAUGAUCGAGGAUCCUGCGGGCCGUCGCUCUUGCGCCUUGCGCUACUCAACCUUCUUGAUCCACGUCGACAGGCAUCUAGCCACCGGACUCGACGAGCAUGUAUUGGGCUGGCUGCGCGGCUCCGGCAAAAAUGAGGUCGCAGCGCUUAGCACAGAAACGUGGGAUCUCUUCGUGGUCGUGCUGCUCCAUCUUGCCUCCAGUAACGCUCUUGCUGUCACGUCGCUACUGGAAGGUCUCGUAUACCCCGCAUGGCAGACUGCGUCUACUCUAUCGUCUCCGCAGCAGGGCGCGUCGAUGGAAAUUAUCUUGCCUGUCGUCAACGACCUAUGUACCCGUUUACUCCUCAUCGACGGCACCGACAGCGAGGUCCCGCCCCUUGACUUCCUCCAGUACCAUGGUUUGCAAACCGGACGACGUGACGUGUACCGCGGACCCUACUUUGCAGCUCUCGUGAAGAUAAUCCCCACCCUAGUUCUGCUUGAACAUAAUAUCAACAUACCGGAGCACCUGCGCCAGGGCUGCGGUGUACUGCGGGUCGCUUUGUGCAGCUCGAGCGUCUUCAGGAUGGGCACGUUUCGCGAGCUCGACACUGUGCACGAUGCGUUCCAGGCUGUACUCGCGAAUCCUGAGGUACCGGAGGAGAAGCAUGAGCCAUUGAUUGCUGCGCUCAAGCUCAUAUUUAACGAGGGCCAACAAGAGGUUGCCGAUCCGUACCCAGGCUGGGGAACGCUAUCAAGUUUUUUGAGUCCAUGGAAGCUCGCUGCCACGUCAAUUGAGUUGCGGUUCACGAUGCGACAGUUCAAUGAAGCAUUGCAACGCCCGGCCUACAAAGAUCGAGCGGAGCGGAGCCUCAGCAAGCUCGCUAUCACGCUGUUCGGCCAAGGCAUGGACUCCGAACAGGCUGAUUUUGUUGCUGAAAUGAUAAGAGGCGUCAACCCGGUCGUAGUCGGAAAGUUCGUUAACGCGGGUCUACAGCGAAUAGCCGAGAUCUUGAAGGAAGGGACCCCGUUACAGAUCACGGAAGACCUACAUCGUAACGUUGGGAAAGCUGGCAAAGUCCUGCGUCUGCUGACGAAUCUGGUUGAACCCAUGCGAGCUCCCGCCAGCACCACUUCGCUGCCUCAGGUCGACAGUCCGGCGCCAAGGGAUCUUAUCUCCGUUGUACAAGGUCUGCUGCAAGGAAUUGCAGACCGUCUUUCUUCGAGCGACAUCCCAGAGUCUUCGGUGAUCAGCGAUCACGACUCUGUGCGUCGAAUGAUUGCCGCCACCAUCUUUCUUGCGCGGGUCGUGCAGUUUGUGUUAGGUUUUCCUGGCGCAUGGAUGCAGUGGGCGAAAGACCACUGCGAAAAUUUGUCUCAGAUACUGAGUCGGUUAAUAUUGGUUUUUGGCUCUGGUACUACUCUGGAUGUCAUUGCAUUCCCUUUGCUUCUAGAUACUCUCUAUUAUUUGUUGGAUGAGAUACCCGUAGAUCCGAAAGCCACCACCAUAGAUCCUUUCCGCUGCUACCCCGUAUACGAGCUACGAAGCCUCCCUCUCGACAUGCCCUUCGAAUAUCGCUCCAGAAUACGUGCCCUGAUACCCUACGUUGAGCCCAAUCUCGCCGUUGCCGACCUUGCCUAUGUCUCAAGGGAUCCUUCUGGCUCGAUAUCAUCAUCGGAGGUGUCAUUAGUGCACAACAAACCAUGGGAAUGGACAGAAUAUCUGGGUGAUGUCUCCGGGGCAGACACUGCUAAGGAGAACGUCGAGACGCGCGCCCUCCAACCGUCGCACUAUUCUACAGACCAGCAGCCUGUGAUCCGCAACUCCUCGUCUUUGUCCCUGGACCUGUUCGCCGCCCGGGUGAUUGGAACCAGCAGCGCGCCCGCUGAAGACGCUAGAGUCGAGAGCGAGUUGCGCAUGUUGCAGGACGAUUUCCUGGCGGAAAGUGUAUUCAGGAGGGACUUCAGGGAAACGCGCGUUGAUCCUUCGGUUAUCGGCGCUAAGGUCAGCCCUGCCUUCAACGUUGAAGAUGGCGAUGCAGGCAAUGCACUCGCCCCCUCCGGCUCCGACCGUCGUUCGAGCUCGCGCGCGGGGUCACCGUCCGGCUCCGUUCGCUCCCGAGCGUCGAUUCAACCUUCCACAGCGUCAGGCUCUCGGCAAACCAGCCCAGCUACGACACGCGGCUCGCAGCAGCGUAGCCAUUCUGGGCUCAGCAAACUUGCAGGAACCAGCAUGGUCGAACCGAUCGACGUCGACAUGCUCGACCUGACCGGCGCUGCGAGCAGAAAUACGGCAGGCACCAAGCGGAAAACUGCUGAAGUAGACGACGAUGACGAGGUGGAGAUUGUCGAGCGCUCGGCUGUUGCGUCUCAGUCAAAGAGAGUGAAAGGGAAGCCCAAGUCGAAGAAUCGAUGA